AUGAACAAGACCAAGGGAGCUUUUGAGAACCCAGAGUUUUGGAGCCCAGGUCACACACAGAGCACCUCCUUGACCAGUGGGGCACCACCACUGGCAUUUGGCCAGCAGGCCACGGACAAAGCCCUGAAUGCAAUCCUGAUUGUGGCCCUCUUCGUCAUCAUGGUAUCUCUGGGGUGUACAAUGGAGAUAUCCAAGAUCACAACUCACCUCAGGAAACCCAAAGGAGUGGCAGUUGCAGUAAUGGCCCAGUACGGCAUCAUGCCCUUGACAGCAUUUGCGCUGGGCAAGCUCUUCCAGCUGGGUGCUACAGAAUCCUUGGCCAUUCUCAUCUGUAGCUGCUGCCCAGGGGGAAACCUCUCCAACAUCUUUAGUCUUGCGCUGAGAGGGGACAUGAACCUCAGCAUUGUAAUGACCACAUGUUCAACGCUCCUGGCAAUCGGACUAAUGCCUCUGCUUCUGUACCUUUACCUGGGAGGACUAUAUGAGGGUGAUUUGGAGGGCAAGGUACCUUACAAAGGAAUAAUCACUUCCCUGGUGCUAAUGCUAAUCCCCUGUGCCAUCGGCAUCAUCUUGAACGAGAAGAAACCACAGUAUACAGGCUUUGUCAUCAAG